UCUCGCCUUUUCCCAGUUGCUAUCAGUCUCCCCGGUUUGCAGGUGCUGCUUGCUACUCCCUGGAUGGCUGUUUAGUUUAUCACUUUACCUAGACAUUUCCUGGCCUUCCCAAUGUUGGCUUGGGAGACCUAGCCCCCACUUGCCUACCUCAUCCCAUCUCCUUUCCAGAUCCGGAUUUCAGGUUCCACUGGGAAAGGUUUUGGCUUUCAGCUUUUGGUUGAUGGUUACAUCAGACCUUACCAUGCCUGAGACAGGACAAGAAAGUAGCACCCCACCGGCCAAGGAGUCCCCCUUUUCCAUUAAGAGCCUCCUGACUUGUGAGCCACCCAGGGCUGCGCGCCCACAUAAGGCACUCUUCACCCCCAUCAAAGGAACUUUGGACGGAGCGGCCUUUGCCCUAUCUCCACUGACAGACCUCUCCUUUCCCCGGCUGGAGAUCCCAACGCAGAGGUUCGCCUUACCUGCACAUUACUUUGAGAGGUCCCCUGCCUGGUGGUACUCCUACACCCUGACGCAUGGAGGUCACACACACAGGACUGAAGCUCCAGAGAAGAGCCUGCUGCUUGGUCCUCCGUCACCGGUGUCUGGGGGCGAGAGAGACUCUCCAGAACCCAUCCGUUCCCUUAAACCAGACCUGGACUCCAAGGAGAAUGACUCCAAAAGUCCAGAGGAGAUCAUACUGGAGGAGAGCGACCCUGAGGACGGCAAGAAAGACGAAAGUGGCGAGGACUGGAAGAAAAGGGAGGACAGUCCGGACAAGAAGCCCUGUAGGAAGAAGAAGACCAGGACAGUGUUCUCAAGGAGCCAGGUCUUCCAGCUGGAGUCCACCUUUGACAUGAAGAGGUACCUCAGCAGCUCAGAGAGGGCAGGACUGGCGGCCUCUCUGCACCUGACAGAGACUCAAGUCAAAAUCUGGUUCCAGAACCGGAGAAACAAAUGGAAAAGGCAGCUGGCUGCAGAACUUGAGGCUGCCAACCUUAGCCACGCAGCUGCCCAGAGGAUCGUGCGAGUGCCCAUCUUGUACCAUGAGAACUCCUCCAGUGCAGAGAGUGCCAACUCUGCUGCCAAUGUGCCAGUCAGUCAGCCCCUCCUGACUUUCCCUCAUCCUGUAUACUACUCCCAUCCUGUAGUCACAUCAGUGCCCUUACUCAGGCCAGUCUGAGGGCAGUUGAGCGCCUGGGCACCUGGCACUGGGUAGGGAUGGACAAAAGUGUCACUAAGACCCUCCGGUUUGGUGGACAGGAUAGGCCACUAUGAGUAAUUAACGCUGCAGAACUUCUCCAAAGUGUUUGUAAGUACUGAAGAUGGCUGUACCCCAGGGAAGGGGCAGGUCGCGCAAUGUUUAGAAACGAGACUCCUAAAAAUACAGGAUAUUUUUUUUUUAAGUGAAUAAAAUGCGCAGGCAAUUUGUGACACCGGAUAUUUUUUAUUACUAUUAUUUCAUUAACAAAAGGGCAAAUAUAAUUACACUGAUUUCUGUUCAAUUUGCCAAAUACUCAAGAACUGAAUUCAAUCGCAACCUUUUAUUGCAGAUCAGUUACCACUAAACGCUGUAGUUUCAUUUUCUUUUGCAAGCAGAACGAACGCAUUGUCUAUUUGUAUAAAUAGUUGUUUUGCUCAAUUUUGUAACUCCUUUUCGUGUUUAAUUAUUAUUUUUUUACCCAAUUAUAUUAUUUAUUAUAAAGGCUUAUUCGGUCUUCAAAACCCAAGGCCGCCACCUAUUUUAAGGUUUUUCUGUCCAUUAAGCAUUUUGACUUGAAACAAAAACUGUACAUUUUUUUAUUACUUUUUUGUUUGUUUUUAAAACUUCUGUGUUGUAAUAUAAAUAUAUAUAUUUUUGUUUGGAAUGUGCAAUAUGAAUGUUAGUUGGCAGCCCCUUUGACGAUUAUUGUUUUACUAAUCAUAACAGAAAAAGAGGAUGGGAACAUAAAUAAUGUUUAAAUCACAAAAGGUAAAAACAGUAAUAAGUAGUGAUGUAUAAUAAAACCAAUAUAUAACUACAGGAAUUUCAACGGAAAAUAGGGGCUGAAAACUUGAGUGUGUCACGGAAAAUGAGACUAGAAGCUGGGCUUUGUAAUAAGGGACAAUCAAUAAUGUAAUUUAAGUUAUUUUGUAAAUAUACCGUAUCCACACAUUGUGGGGUUCUGGUGGCUCUGCGCUAUCCCCCCCAUCCCCUCCCCCGUACCCCUCUUCCCACCCCCAGUUACUUGUUGCAUAGGAAAGUAUACGUGGCAAGGGCGCAGGGUACCGACUCCCCACCUGUAUCUUGGACAUAUUUCAGACUUUUUUUUUUUUUAAUAAAAUAUAUUUGUAAAAAUUAAUGUUUGUUGUGAAAAUGAAAAAAUAAAA